GACGAAUUAUUAGCCCGUUUGGAGCAUAACGAAACGAAUUACGCGUUGCAUAAUCGACAAAAACUAGAUAUUUCUACAUUGAGCAAUGAAGUAUGUAAAUCUUUGUUUAGAUUUACUUUCAGAGAGCUUAAAUUGGUAUCCAGAGCCUGAAAAUGAAGAGUACUAUGCUGGUGUGGGUGCCAUUACAAGAGAUGAUCCCAGUAUCAAUCCUCAGAUCUUGUUCGAAACAGUUAGCAUGGAGAAGACUGGUAUUCACAUUUAUGAUAUUGAUCAAGAUGAAGAUCUUCAACAAGUAGUGGAAUCAAAUCAAUCUGUAGUUGAAACUGGUCGCCAUAAUAGAAACAAUGGUGUACAAAAUCUUCUGGGUUUAGGUAGAAUUUUGUAUAUGGAUGACACAGAAGUUAAAAGAGAGGUGAUCAACAAAGCCAGACGAGAACGCUACCCAAGCGCAUCUCUUAACACUCCUCUUCCCCGGUUAGCAAGAGAAAACUCUUUCUUCGUCGAAGAUAUUACCAACGAGCAUAGCAAUUCAUCCGACUCAGAUGCAGAGUCAAGCAACACUCGUCCCCCUUCAUCAUCUCCAAUUACACCUGAUGCCAAUAUUCGUACUUCUGUUAAUUCCAAUCCUGUCACGCCAAACCCGUCAGUAUCUAACCCUUCCACAUCCAAUUGUUCCUCACCCCAUCGUCCCUCCUCCAAUCGUUCCUCAUCCAAUAUCUCUAACCCUCGCGCCACUUCCAUUCAUUCUGACUCAAGCAACAACGCCCCUUCUUUGGUCACCAAUAAUGUUGCCAAUAAGUCUACCUUGGAUCCAAUUGAAAUAAUUCAACAAAUUGCCAGUAAUGCUCAGUCUUCCAUUCAUAAAUUUAUGCAAACAAUAAUGGCAUUGGGAGUCCAAGAGCGCGAACAAAGACAAAUCGAUCGUGAUGCUUUUUUGACGAGACUGGAAGAGAGUAGAAGAGCUACCUUGAAUGAAAUGGCUGAAAGAAGACGAGAAUUGAUGCGCGAGAGACAUGCCUUGUAUGAAGAGUCGGCUGAAAAAAGAAGAAAGCAUUUGGAAGAAACUUUUGAAAAGUAUCACAUGUUAACAAAUAUUCGUUCUAACAACGAAAACAAUUAGAUUUUUUUUUCUUUUCAUAAUAAAACCGUUCUCGUAAAGUAUUUUUCUUGACUGAGCAUCUACAGUUGACAAAUAUUAUCUUGCUUUCUAACUAAAACUUGCCUCAAAAUAAUACGAUAAAUUGUAAGUUUUAAUAUGAUAAUAAAUAAGAAAGAAAAAAAAACCGUGCAUAAAUAAAAAACAACGUGCAUAAAUAA